AUGGCAGCUAGCAAGGCCUCCCGCGUGGGCGAGGAGAUCUGGAAGACGCGAAUUGACAAGGUCAACGCCGAGUUGGUGACGCUGACGUACGGUACGAUUGUCGCUCAGCUCUGCAAGGACUUUGACAGCGACUAUGCCGAGGUCAACAAGCAGCUGGACAAGAUGGGGUAUAACAUCGGCCUGCGCCUCAUUGAGGAUUACCUGGCCAAGUCCAAUACCAUGAAGCGGUGUUCCAACUUUCGCGAGACGGCCGACAUGAUUGCACGGGUCGGGUUCAAGAUAUUCCUCAACAUCACACCCCAAGUCACCAACUGGACAAGCGACAACAACCAGUUCUCUCUAGUCUUUGACGAGAACCCGUUUGCCGACUUUGUGGAGCUGCCCGACGACGGACGCGCGCAAGACGAGCUGUGGUAUUCCAAUAUUCUGUGCGGCGUCCUGCGCGGCGCCCUCGAAAUGGUGCAGAUGCAGGUGGAAGCGCACUUCAUCAGCGAUGUGCUCCGAGGGAAUGACACGACGGAGAUGAGGGUCUCACUAAUCCGGUACAUCGACGACGAGUUGCCUCCGGAGGACGAUUGA